AAUGUCAAAACAGAUCAGAUCAUCACAUCAGUUCCCUUGCCAUCAUUAUGUCAUCAGCAUUUCCGGACACUUAAAGGCUGUAAAUGUUGGACAGAUUUCAGCUCUCGGCAACUUUAUCCAGCACAGCUAAAACAUCCUGAUUUUACGUUCUCACAAGCCAGAGAUGAGCCAAAUGAAGCUGCCUCGAGCUGGACUUCUCCUCUGGAUGUGUGUAAUGAACAGGGUCCUGGACACGGCAGCAGCAGCAGCAGCACUGUCAAUCACCCAGUGUGUGAUCAUGCAGUACACCAACAUCACCUGUUACUGGGAAACAACCGACCACCACCACCACAUCAGCAGCUACAGGCUUCAGAUUAACAAAACCUCUUGUGAAAGUAAACACCGCUUCAUCCCGGUGGGUUUCUGUAAUACCAGAGGCUCUGACUGCUCCGUUCAGCCCAUCGAUUCAGCGUUACACUGUUUCUGUGCGGAUGUGCUGGCGACCACACGCACCGGAUCCAUACGCUCACCGCCGUACUUCUUCAGUGGGGUCAAAGCAGUGAAACUUCGUCCUCCACAGAUAACAAAUCUCAGGCCAUCAGAGAGAAGGUCCGGGUGUUUGCAGGUGAUCUGGAGAAUGGUUGAGAGCUUUCCCAAGAAUGAAAAAGUCUACAUACUGCUCCAAAUGGAGUACACGACACACAACCAGACCCGAUCCCAGACUAUACAAGCCUUUUCCGAGGAGACGUUGGAGCUGUGUGACUUACACCCAGGAUCCAAGUAUAUGGUGAGACUGAGAGCUCAGGACAGUCGAGCGCACGCUCACUGGAGCUCGUGGACAUCUGUAGACAUAACCACAGCAGAGAAAGCUCCGUCCGCAGCUCCUCAGCUCUGGAGACUCAUCCAACCUGCAGAAGAAGCUGGAAGGAGAAGCCUCACCCUGCUCUGGAAGCCUGUGUCCUGGCCUGAGGUCAAUGGUGUUGUGCUCAGUUACUCUGCAACCUGUCGCAGUGAUCUGGAUUCAUCGCAGUGGACCUGUGACACUAUAGACGCAUCAAGACGCUCCUGCAUCCUCACCGUCUCUGAUGAUCCCUGUCACUGCAGCCUGACAGCGACGAACUCUGCCGGGACGUCACCUCCAGUUCACAUCUCCAUACCUGCACAUACGCAUGCAGAAGAACUCCCACCCCCUCAGGCUAUCAGCGUCACCCCAUUGGACGACACUCGACUGACGGUGGAAUGGACAGCUGCACUGAACCAAUCAGAGAGAGGCUUUGUGGUACAGUGGACUUCUGUGCCUUACAGUGAACCAACUAGUCUGCACUGGGAGCAUAUAAAUGAAACUGCAAGAAGCUUUGUUGUCACAGGUCUUCUGCCAGAAGUACCAUAUAAUCUGUCGGUCGUGAGUCUGUAUGGGCGACAGGCAGGAAGUGACAUGUCAGUCAUUGCUUUCACACGGGAAGGAGCGCCCUCUGUCGGCCCAAAUAUGACAGCGCUGAAGACGAGCAGCAGCGGUGUUGUUCUGAAAUGGGAUCCUGUUCCUUUAGAGAAACUCCAUGGCUUCAUCCAGAACUAUACCAUACUGUACAGCAUAAAUGGCAAAGACAAAAGUGUGAAGGUAGACGCUCAUGUUGAACGGAUAUCUCUCAGUGGACUGACGGAAGGAAUCUAUAACAUCUGUGUAAUGGCUCAUACUGCAGUAGGGGGCGCCGCUGGGCCCUGUCAGAUGGUGCUUGUGGGGCUUGAGGAUGUACAAGUGAUUCCCAUACUGCUGUGUGCACUUCUGCUGUGUUUUCUGAUUCUAAUCAUCCCAGUAUGCAUGAGGGCGAGGAUUAAACGGUGUCUGUGUCCAACUGUACCAGACCCUUCAAAAAGCAGCCUGUCGGUCUGGUCUAACGCUAAACCGUGUCAGGACAAACAGACCUGGACAGGACAACAUGUUCCCCUGGUUACAUCAUGGACACAGCUUGGAAUUAUAUGGACCUGUUUAACUGAAAAACUGGAUUUUUUUUUGUUUUUCAUUAGUAUUUCUGAUGUGCACUGCUGUUUGCAUUAUACCUGCCGACCUGCAUAUAUCCUGCUUUCUGCUCUGUACCGGUUUCCUCUGUUGGCCUUUUUGGAUAUCAGACAAAAUAUAGUGUUAACUGGUUUUGGACAUCAGACAAAACUAAAUUCAAUCUGGUUUUGGAUAUCAGACAUAACUGAAUGAUAACUGGUUUUGGACAUCAGACAGAACUCAAUCCUAACUGGUUUUAAAUAUCAGACAGAACUCAAUGAUAACUGAUUUUGGACAUCAGACAGAUCUAAAUUUUGCCAGUUUUGGAUAUCAGACAGAACUUAAUCCUAAAUGGUUUUAAAUAUCAGACAGAUCUAAAUUUGACCAGUUUUGGAUAUCAGACAGAACUCAAUGAUGACUGGUUUUGGACAUCAGACAGAACUCUGUUAACUGGUUUUAGAUAUCAGACAUAACUUAAUCCUAACUGGUUUUAGGUAUCAGACAGAACUCAAUCCUAACUGGUUUUAGGUAUCAGACAGAACUCAGUCCUAACUGGUUUUAGGUAUCAGACAGAACUCAGUCCUAACUGGUUUUAGGUAUCAGACAGAACUCAGUCCUAACUGGUUUUAGGUAUCAGACAGAACUCAGUCCUAACUGGUUUUAGGUAUCAGACAGAACUCAGUCCUAACUGGUUUUAGGUAUCAGACAGAACUCAGUCCUAACUGGUUUUAGGUAUCAGACAGAACUCAGUCCUAACUGGUUUUAGGUAUCAGACAGAACUCAGUCCUAACUGGUUUUAGGUAUCAGACAGAACUCAGUCCUAACUGGUUUUAGGUAUCAGACAGAACUCAGUCCUAACUGGUUUUAGGUAUCAGACAGAACUCAGUCCUAACUGGUUUUAGGUAUCAGACAGAACUCAGUCCUAACUGGUUUUAGGUAUCAGACAGAACUCAGUCCUAACUGGUUUUAGGUAUCAGACAGAACUCAGUCCUAACUGGUUUUAGGUAUCAGACAGAACUCAGUCAGAACUAAAUUUGACCAGUUUUGGAUAUCAGACAGAACUCAAUCCUAACUGGUUUAAGGUAUCAGACAGAACUCAAUCCUGGCUGGUUUUAGGUAUCAGAAAGAACUUAAUCACAACUGGUUUUGGAUAUCAGACAAAACUGGAACCUUUCUAGAAAUGUUAGAUCCAGUCUUUUUACAAGAUCCCAUCAGAAGUCAUACAUUUUGUCUGGUGAAAUUACCACAUUUGUGUUGUCAGCCUACACAUGAAUGUAAGCUUUAGUCUGUGAAUCUUUAGACUUUAGACUGCUAACCUGGAAAGCUGUGAAAAACAACAUAACCCACCUGAUCUGAACUAAAUAUUGUUUCAUUUCCUAAUGAAAAGAUUUGAGCAAUGCCAUUCCAAAAUAAUGUCAAAGGUUUAUUUUUGUGAAAUGUAUCUGAAGAUAAAUUCUGCGGAAAAGGAAAGGACAGUGAGAGGGACACUCGGCAUUGGGAACAUUUUGUUGGGAAUGCUGUGGCUUCAGGCCAGAGUUCACCACCGCUGGGCCAUCUUUCCUGCGACUGGAAUUCCCGAUAAAGUCCCUCUUUGUUUGGACAGAGACGGGCCAGGGCAGUGUCACACAUACAUCCGGCUCCAGAGAGUUGAUCUUUGGCGACAGGAGUGCAGAUCGGCCGUGUGCCAGAGCUGGUGCAGCAAUAUUUAUUGUGGAUGAAAUGUGCUGUUGUUGGAUAUUCACACUGACCUGCCAGAACCGUGCGAACCGUUAGUACAUAACAUGCUCCUUGCAUGCACCAUUCCAUCAGGAAUUUAUCAGCCUGUGAAUAUGGUUCAAAAAAGGAAUGGAUUAAUGCUUAGCACAAUAUUUGUCAUUCCUGUAGUGAUGUUGAGAAACUCAAGGCUCUGUUCAGUAUGCAUAUAUUCUGAUAAAGCACAUGCUAUUGUUAUUUGUUUAAUAAAGUGAUAAGAAAAUCACCUUGCAUUAUUGUUAUCACAAGUCACAAAGGUUCAUAUUUGAAAGUAAACACUGCAUAUCUUGCUAUAUAUUUGAGAAAAUAUGUGCUUAUAUAUAGGCUAUACCCAUAUCGAGUGCUUUGAAAUGCCAGCAUAUGUUGGACUUUGGUUAUAUUUACUGAUAUUUCUUGGGUGUGGUGAUUGAUCAUAGGUGAAUUUCCUUUGCACUUUGACUGCUCUGCAGUGGAGAUGUUCUGUGCAUGGAGAAAUGAAUGUAAAAAGUCUCUUUUGACUACAAUGGACAGUCAGGACUGCUGAGAGGAUUAUUGGUGCCCCUCUAUAACCUCCAA